ACAAGUUCCUGUUUCAGCAAGCUGAACAGCCGGAACAUACCAUAAAUACACAUUAAUGACAACUUAUACAUAUGAAAAGAAAAGUUAGUCGAAAAUUAUGAAGUUCACUUCAAUUUUGAGUAUUUGCUUCGUUGUUUUCAUCAAAGAAGUUUGUGGUUCUGCUUGUCCGCGGACAAACAAGAGGUCAAAUAGCAAAUGUGUUGAUGAAUGUUUACCAUCCAUUGGCUGUGCAGAUAAAAACAAACAAUGUCUGUGUGAUGGUGAUUGUGGUUUUAGCUGUGUCAAGAAAAGUUUGAGGUGCACACAAUUAAAGAAAUUUCGUAACGGUCGCAUUAUCGGCAAAAACACCAACUUUAAUGCGACUUUAAAGUUUGUAUGCAAUCCAAACUUUCAGCUGUUUGGAGCAAGUAUUCGUCGCUGUCGGGCCAAGGGACUAUGGGAUGGAAAAAAAUCAAGAUGCAAAAUCGCAUGUUCUGAUCCUGGAAUUCCCAGUAACACGAGAAGAAACCGACGCAAACAAAGUCUUCAAGGAUUUUCAGAAAGAACAAAGCUGCGUUAUGAUUGUGCACCUGGUUACACCACGACAGAUAAAACUACCAUUACAUGUCUGAAAAAUGGCCGAUGGACAUCGUCUCCGCCUGUUUGCAGAAUCCAACAGUGUUCGAGAGUAGUGCUUCCAUCUAAUUCACAAGUACGUAUACCUCGUCGCUGGAAGAAUAAAGCCUCUCAUCAACUAGGAACUCGUCUUCUGCUGUCUUGUAAACCUGGUCAUCGUAGUCCAGUUGCCAUUGGGCUCAUGCGCUGUGUGAGUGUCGGUUGGAGAUUGCAAACGAACAGAUUCAUGUGCAUAGCUAAAAGUUGUGGAGAUCCAGGAUCGCCCAGAAAUGGACGAAAAUCAGGAUUAUCUUAUUCCUUCAAAGAUGUUGUACAUUAUUCAUGUGAUUCAUGCUAUGAGUUAUCUGGUGCAAGUUACAGACAAUGUCUCUCAGAUGGAUCUUGGAGUGAUCAACUACCUCAAUGUACACGUAAAACGUGUGCUGAUCCUGGUGACUUAAGACAUGGCAUUCGACAAUUGUCAUCUCAGCCAAUUUAUUGUGGAUCAUUUGUGGAGUACACUUGUGACAUUGGUUACAAACUCGAUGGUAAUCUCCGGCAGACGUGUCUCUCGAACGGAAAAUGGAGUGGAAGCAAGCCAACUUGCAAUAUCAUUAAUUGUGGAGAUCCUGGACAACCUAAAAAUGGAAACACCGUAGCUGCUGACGGCUAUACGUAUGGAAAUGAUGUGAGAUUUUCUUGCAAUGACAACUAUGUCUUAGAAGGCAGUGUUGUGGCAACAUGCGAGAUCAAUGAAAAAUGGUCAAGAAAUCUUCCUUUCUGUUUGGAAAGAUGCUCAGAUCCAUCGGGGAAAACCAAUGCAAUAGUUACAGGUAGCAAAUUCUACCAUGGAAAAACAGUCAUGUUCACCUGUCGUAAAACCCACAUGCUAGUUCCAGGCAAAAACAAAAGAUUGACUUGUGAAAAUGGUGAAUGGAGAGGCAUCAUUCCAACAUGUAAAGCUAUGUGUCGUCAUGUGCCUAAACUAUCCAAUGGUUACGUGCAUAUGAGGUCACGAGAACAUGGCUCUAUUGUAAGAUUUCGAUGUAAGAAUAGUCAUCAGCUAAUAGGAAAUGAGAGAUUUUCUUGCAACGAUGGUCGAUGGUCUAGUGCAAUGCCAAAAUGUCUGGCGAUUUGCCCCACUAUCAGGAGUUUACAAAACGGUUGGGUGUUUGGUGAAAGAUAUUUGGACGGCGACCUUUUAAGUUUUCGUUGUCGUCCUGGUUAUGUUUUGGACGGAGAAAGCUCAAUAAGAUGUACUAAAACACGUCAAUGGAAUGCAAAUAAACCAAUUUGUCGAGCCCCAUGUUCCAAACAGCGAGCACCAUUGCACGGUCGAGUUACUCGUGAUGGUUUCAAACAUCAAGAACAAAUAUCAUUCGAAUGUAAUGGAGACUAUCAUCUAGAAGGCAGAAAUGUCUUGACCUGCUUUGAUGGUGCUUGGAAUGAUAAUCCUCCAAAAUGUUUAGCUCCUUGUCUGCCGUUUAAUAAUCCUCCAUUUCUUGGUGGAUCUUUGCAAAGAGCUGGUUUCAGACAUGGAGAGUUGACGAUAUUCAGUUGUCGGGAUCCUUUAGUUGUGGAUGGUGAAGAUACUUUACGUUGUAAUAAUGGCCGAUGGAAUCAUCCAACUCCCAGAUGUGCUGGUCCAUGCACUAAACUGGCAGCUCCAGAAAAUGGCUUUAUUUUCAAAAACGGUUUUAAACACGGAGAAACAAUAACAUUUAGAUGUCGACCUGGUUAUCAAAUUGUAGGCAUAGACAGAAGAAAAUGUAAUUUUGGCGAGUGGAGUGAUUCAACGAUGCCACGCUGUGAAUUACAAUGUCCUGAUCCCUCAAGAACAACGAGUGCACACGUUAGGGGAAAUGAAUUUUAUGAGGGCAAGCGAGUUGAAUUUGUUUGCAGAGAAAAUGAAAUCAUGGAACCGUCUGUUUCCAAGCAACUGACAUGCGCAGGAGGAGCUUGGAACGGUGUCAUACCAUUAUGUAAAGUGCGAUGUCCUGAUCCCUCAAGAACAACGAAUGCCCAAAUUGUAGGAAAUCAAUUUUAUGAUGGCAAGCAAGUGGAAUUUGUUUGCAGAAGCAACGAAUACUUGCAUCCGUCUGUUUCCAAGCGACUGACAUGCACAGGAGGAGCUUGGAACGGUGUCAUACCAUCAUGUAAAGCUCCUUGUCUGCCGUUUAAUAAUCCUCCAUUUCUUGGUGGAUCUUUGCAAAGAGCUGGUUUCAGACAUGGAGAGUUGACGAUAUUCAGUUGUCGGGAUCCUUUAGUUGUGGAUGGUGAAGACACUUUACGUUGUAAUAAUGGCCGAUGGAAUCAUCCAACUCCCAGAUGUGCUGGUCCAUGCACUAAACUGGCAGCUCCAGAAAAUGGCUUUAUUUUCAAAAACGGUUUUAAACACGGAGAAACAAUAACAUUUAGAUGUCGACCUGGUUAUCAAAUUGUAGGCAUAGACAGAAGAAAAUGUAAUUUUGGCGAGUGGAGUGAUUCAACGAUGCCACGCUGUGAAUUACAAUGUCCUGAUCCCUCAAGAACAACGAGUGCACACGUUAGGGGAAAUGAAUUUUAUGAGGGCAAGCGAGUUGAAUUUGUUUGCAGAGAAAAUGAAAUCAUGGAACCGUCUAUUUCUAAGCGACUGACAUGCACAGGAGGAGCUUGGAACGGUGUCAUACCAUCAUGUAAAGCUCCUUGUCUGCCGUUUAAUAAUCCUCCAUUUCUUGGUGGAUCUUUGCAAAGAGCUGGUUUCAGACAUGGAGAUUUGACGAUAUUCAGUUGUCGGGAUCCUUUAGUUGUGGAUGGUGAAGAUACUUUACGUUGUAAUAAUGGCCGAUGGAAUCAUCCAACUCCCAGAUGUGCUGGUCCAUGCACUAAACUGGCAGCUCCAGAAAAUGGCUUUAUUUUCAAAAACGGUUUUAAACACGGAGAAACAAUAACAUUUAGAUGUCGACCUGGUUAUCAAAUUGUAGGCAUAGACAGGAGAAAAUGUAAUUUUGGCGAGUGGAGUGAUUCAACAAUGCCGCGCUGUGAAUUGCGAUGUCCUGAUCCCUCAGGAACAACGAAUGCCCAAAUUGUAGGAAAUCAAUUUUAUGAUGGCAAGCAAGUGGAAUUUGUUUGCAGAAGCAACGAAUACUUGCAUCCGUCUGUUUCCAAGCGACUGACAUGCACAGGAGGAGCUUGGAAUGGUGUCAUACCAUCAUGUAAAGUGAAGACAACUACUGAAAGAAUUUCAACAACAACGACGCCGACUCCUAUCAAAACAACGUUGUUUACCACUGAAAGGAUGACAACCAAAGGAUUGUUAAAGACUUGUCCUGAAGUCAAAUUAAGAAAAGGAAAAGUUUUCGGCAGGGGCGUAACUCCUGGCUCGAAAAGAUCAUUCGAAUGCUGGAAAAAUUGGGUUUUAGAAGGUGAAGAAGUUAUCAAAUGUUUAGCAUCUGGCCAAUGGAAUGCAACAAUACCAAAAUGUGUGCCCACAGGACCGAGAGUGAGCUGUCCAGUUAUUGGAAAGAUCAAAGGAGGAUAUGCAACACUUAAUGAAUCUCAUCAUGGCGGUAGAGUGACGUUUCGUUGUCUUAAGAAUUAUAAAAUGGAGGGGAAACGUAUUAUCUUAUGCCGAAGUGGAAAAUGGAGCAGAUCUCCUCCAAAGUGCCUUGCGACGUGUAUGGAUCUCGGUGCACCUCCGAAUGGUUUGAUAAAAUAUAAAAGUGGACACUAUCAAGAUGACCUCAUAAUUUUUGGUUGUCAUCCUGGCUAUGUUAUUCAGGGACAAAAAUACUUGCAAUGUAAUGAAGGAAAAUGGAGCAAUGCCGUGCCGACCUGUGUAAAAAAAAGCCAAACCUGAGGAGUUCAAUGUAUCUAGAGAUACAAAAACAUCAAUUUCCUUUCAACAAUUUUGACAUAUGACGUUAUAAUUUUAUAUAAGCUUUAAAAGUAUUAUAGAGUCUAGUUUCUUUUUACAAAACUGCCAUCCGGUACAUUUGAUUAGAAACCUAUAGAUAGCAAUAGAGGCCUAUCUUUUGUAUGAUUUAUGCAUUAAUUUUCACGAUUUUUUGCGCAGUUGACGUGCUUAUAGGGUCAUGCCACCUGCUAUAA